AUGCCUACUUUGCCAGAAGUAGUUAAAAUAGGAUAUCUGAGAUUGAAAGUGCGUCCUUUUAUACCUAACCCUCUGAGAUGCUUUCAAUGCCAACGUUUUGGGCACUCUAAGAUCGCCUGCCGCGGGACACUUACUUGCGCCCGUUGUGCAGAGAAAGGACAUGAUAGCCAGCAGUGCACCUCAUCUGAAAAGUGCGUCAACUGUGAUGGCGAACAUACUUCCUUUUCCAGAUCAUGUCCACGUUGGAGGUUGGAAAAAGAAAUUAUAACUUUGAAAACAAAAGAACAAAUUUCUUAUCCAGAAGCGAAAAGAAGAAUCGAGGCACAGACAUCUUCCCCUGGGGUCAGCUAUGCAUCAGCUGUUAAAAAAUCAUAUUGUAAAAACUGUUCAUGUAAAAAUUGUGCGCAGAUUGUUGCUGAAAAAGUUCCUCCCGCAAAAACAUCCGAAUCUGAUACAGAACCUUCCACAAACAGUGCUCCUGAAUCUCACGAUCCACCGAAACGUAAACCAAAACCAAAGCCUCCACGUGCUCUUAAAUUAAAGCUUUCGAAACACGGCCUUUCACAAGAAAUGAUUUCGGAAAAAUUUAAAUCAAAAUUGAAAAAAUCCAAUAUUCGAAAUUCGGUUGCUCUGGGACUUGCAACUACGGGGACAGUCCAAAAGGAUUUACCUACUAUUUUUGGAGGAUUGUCCAAAAGUCCCGAUUCAAUUGCUCUCCAUCCAUCCGACGAAGAGGAGGAUGACCUUGAAAUGAGUUGCGAAAUAACGCCAACUCAAACUAACGCCCUUUAUAAUUCCCACGUUAAAAAACUUUCUUAA